AACCCUACAUUGUACUUGCUAUUAGAGAGAGUUUCGAGCUUUGACUGAUUGAUAGCUUACCGACUUGAGUAUCAAAAAGGUCCCCUAAAUACGCCCUCAAACCCCUUUUAGCUCACUUGUUCUACUGUGCAGGUCAUCCUCAACAGAAUCGAGAACAUCAUCUGACAUCAAUCUUACCAUCUAAUACGUCACCAAAAUCAAAGACAAUUUUGGACGUCAUCAAUUUGUAAGAAUUUUUAUUCUCGAAUAAUAAUUUAAAAUAAAUAAUAUUUUUAGUUUACAAUAAAACUGUAGUUGAAAAAAAAAAUGCAACUUUUUAAAAUUGUUUGCACAACUGAAGAAACUCACAAGUAUCAGUCGGUCUCCCCAGAGAAAAGAAUGAGCGGUGGAAGUAGUAUCAGUCGAGUCGUCCAACGCACUUGCCGGAGCUUCCUCACAAGGCCCUCUCGCCUCCCAUUCUCUGCCAUUCCUCCUCUCUUACAGUCUACAGCCAUUCGAAACCCUUGUCGUCAUCCUUUGUUUUCUCUCUUUCAAAACCCCAACUUUUCUUCUCCUACAGAUUCUACUACUAUUACUCUUCGGCUCUUAAACACCAGCUCCAAUUCAAAGCACCACAAGGAAGAUGAACAAGACGAUGCGCUUCAAUAUACAAGCAUUGAUGAGGAAACCCCUGAAGAAAUAGAAUUGUGGGAGGAGGAGGACGAGGAGGCUGAACCCGAGAUUGGUGAUGGAGGGGAUGGUGGUGGAGUAGUUCUGCAAGGUCUUCCCUGGGGAGAGCGUGCUCUUUCUCUUGCCCAUGAGGUUCUGUCACAGUUUGGUGAUCCCAUGAAGCUAUACGCUUUCAAGAUCACUCCCCGUGGAUAUGUAUAUGUGAGACUAGACAACCUCUCAAACGAUUAUGGGUGCCCAAGCAUGGAGGAGCUUGAAAACUAUAGUCAAGCGUACAAAAAAAGAUUAGAUGAAGCCGGGGCACUCGGAGAAACACCUGAUGAUUUGGCUCUCGAGGUAUCUUCUCCAAGCGCAGAGAGAUUGCUAAAGGUGCCAGAUGAUCUUUCUCGAUUCAAAGACAUGCCUAUGAGAGUAUGCUAUAGAGAAGACAUGGAGUCUAAAUUCCCAGAGAAGAAUGGGGUCUUCCUGUUGGAAUCCAUUGAACUGGAAACACAGAGAUGCAUAUGGAAGUUAGCAAAUGUGAAAGAAAACAGGGACCCUGAGAGCAAAGGUAGACCUCUAAGCCGUAAACAGAAGGAUUGGAGAUUACAACUGCCAUAUGAGAUGCACAUAAGGGUCACUCUAUGCCUUGAUUACUAACAAAUUAGCGACUCCUUUUACUUCAGUGUAAGACUGAAUGAUGUAGACUUUGUUGUUGCUUUUGUUUAAAAGUUUAAAUGUGAAACAAAAAUUUGUGUGGCUUUAGGGAUAUCUUGUGGCAGCAAAUUUGUUUGGAAAUUUAGUGACCACUCUAGUUUUGUUGCAGCA